CAACGUCAUGUGUCCACCUUCAUCCUGGCACACAACAAAAGAUCUGUUGUAGCCGAUCCCGCUCACAGCCCCCAAAAGAUAUCUUCACUAAUUGAAGUCACAAGCACUAACACAGCCCAAACUGUAGGACGAUAAGGCAUUUGUAUAGGCGAAUGUUGCGGGCUCAUUCUCCUAGGCUAUAGUUUAGCAGCAGGAUGGUCUAGCAGAAAACAGAAAGAACUGGAACCGGUGGAGACAUUAAUGACAGCAGGUAAGCACAGCUGAAUUAACCCAGGCCACCUCAAGAAUAAGGAGAGGAUGGGCGUCUUCAGAUACUGGUUGUCAGCUUGCAUCGUGGUAUUGCUUUUCUCCUCAGUGCAGCCUGAUGACUCCUCGUUCAGCCUGGUAGGGUUGCUGAGGAGCCUCUCUUCGGGGAUUCUCGUCCGCAACGAGCCCGUCGUGAUUGACAGGCUUGUACAACUCGAGAGAGAAUUGCACGAUUUGGAAAAGGAGGAUGUGGAGCGUAAGGAAAUCCCCAUGUUGGAACCAGAGCUGAAUCAGGCCUCUGAGAUCUCCGACGCCGACCCCACGAAGCAGGGACCCAAAGUCUUGACCAAAGAUGGCAUUAUUAGAGGCAAAACCGUGGACAAGGCACACAUAUUUUACGGCAUCCCAUUCGCAGAUCCGCCACUGGCCGCAUACCGAUGGAAACCGCCCAGACCUGUGAGCCCAUGGAAAGGAGAGUAUGAUGCCACCUUCCCCAGGGCUGCGUGCAUGCAGGGCUGUAUUGGGCCCAUCUCUGAAGAGUGCCCAGCUAAGGUGAGUGAGGACUGCCUCUACCUGAACAUCUUUGUCCCUCGGAGUGUGGACUUCACCUCCCCUCUGCGCUCCCCCAUGCCCGUGAUGGUGUGGGUCCAUGGGGGUGACUUCAUUGCCGGAACAGCCUCCAAGCCCCUGUACGACGGCCGCUUUAUCAGCAACUUCACCCACACCUUGGUGGUGAGCGUGGCCUACCGUCUGGGGGCUUUUGGCUUCCUGGUUUCCGGUAAAGAUUCUAAGACCUCGGCUGUGGGGAAUUAUGGUAUUUUGGAUCAGCAGGCAGCCCUCCUUUGGAUCCAACAAAACAUAGCAGUGUUUGGAGGUGACCCGACCAAGGUGACCAUAUUUGGGGAGAGUGCUGGAGCCCAGAGUGUGAGUCUACACCUGAUGAUCCAGAGCAGCAAGCCGCUCUUCAAGCAGGCCGUCUUCCAGAGUCUGCCCUUCUCCAUCCCUCUCAAGACCAGACAUGAUGCCCUGAAGCUGGGGAAGGACUUUGCCAAGCAGGCCAACUGCUCAGUGAAGGACAUCGUGUGCCUGCUGUCCCUUAGCCCCCAGGCUGUUCUCGCUGCGCAGAUGAAGUCCAGCUCAAAGGUGAUCAACCCAUUCCGGUUCCUGGAGAUUUUUGAGACCUGGGGGCCUUUCAUUGAUGGAGAGCUCAUCAAAGAGCAGGCUGUGACUGCCUUCCAGAAGGGACACUGGCAAAAAGAGAAGCCAGUGCUCUUGGGCACCACAUCAGAGGAGGGGGUAAUAUUUGUGUUUGGGGUCUUUACCAAACCCGUGUCUCCAGUGGAGUGCACAGUCUACACCACGGCCAUCUUUAAACAGCACACCAUCCGCAUCCUGCGCAAGUACCUGCCGCUCUACAAGGAUGCAGACCGAAGGGACAUGCUGUCUCAGAUCGUGACCGACUACGUGUUCCUGUGUCCGUCCCGUCGCGCGGCUCGUGCCGGAGCUCUGGCGGGCAGCUCGGUGUGGAUGUACGUGUUCGACCACGUGGCCAGCGACCCGCGCGUCUGGUCGGGCAUGUCCAUGUGCUACGAGCACGUGUGCCACGGCGCCGAGCUGCCCUUCCUCUUCGACUCGGCCGGCGUGGGCAACUUCUCGCUGGCGCCGCCCGAGCGCCUGCUCUCCAACCGCAUGCUGUGCUACUGGGGCGCGUUCGCGCACGCCGGAAACCCCAGCUCGCCGAAGAGCAACUUCUGCCUGCAGCAGCGUCCGCCCGCCUGGCCGCAGUACGCCGGCUCGUCCAGCUGGCUCGUCAUGAACUUCACCGUGCACUCGCACGCGCAGGCCGGCUCUCGCAACGACAUCUGUGACUUCUGGGACAAGUUGGGCAUCUACUGAGUCCCUCUCCAGGAAAGGACGUUUUGGGGGAGGGGUAAGCACACAGGCCAGGUGAGGUACACCUAAUGGUCACCUUACACCAAACAACUUUCAUCUUUCAAGAAUCUUUCCCAAAUCUUGUCAAAGUUGUUUGGUGUAAGGAGGCCAUAAGAUGAGAUGAAACUGUAUUUAAUGUAAGGGGGGAUGUCAGGUAAUCUGUAGUGAGGUGAGAAGGAUAGUUGUAGGGCUGUUGUGAUUUUUUUUUGCCCAGCCUUUUCCCGGAGUCAGUUUAGGUCAUUAUGGUAGAGCAGUUUUGUAGGCGCGGUUGUAGGAUCAGUUAGUCACACUAACACAGUCUGCACACGCUCAGUGCAACUGAACAUAUGAGUACAUACCCCCCCACCCCAACCCCGUACUCUCUACACUGACAGGCUCGUUGACCUCUGACCCCAGGGGCAGGAGGUAAUGAGGGGUUUGUGUGCUGCAAAGCCCCACUCAAAAGGACUGCAACCAAAGGAGCUGUGCGAGACAUGUUCAAGGAAGGAGAAGAGAGAAAGAGCAAGAGGGAGAUCCUUUUAUAUAUUAACACAGAUUCUUUUCUUUCUUGUUGCUUUGAAUAACCAUUUUCUUCACUCACCAACCUGCUGUACAGAAUGAAUGCUCUCACUGGACAUUUUUUAUUUCAGAAGACUAUGCAGGUAAAAUCAUUUCAAAGGGCCUAAGUGUAUGUUGAUAAAAGCUUGGGGGAGCGUUCUGAAUGAUAAAAAAAAGACUGUUGUGUUAUUCACGUGCCACGUCCUGAGGCACUAUGAUGUUCUCUGAUGAGGGUAAAAUAAAACAUUUCAAAUAAAAAUCUAUACCACC